AUGCGAUCUCUCCUGAAGUGGCAGGGGUUAUGGGCGCCGCUAAUGAAAAAGGGAAAAGCGAAGAAGGCAGACGAGAAGGAUGAUGAGUGGGAAGGUAUGCCCCUUUGGGAUCAUCUGAAAAAUUUGAACAAAAUUUUGCUGGAUUUGCGUAAUGUUGAUGUUAAAGUAGAAGAUAGAGUUGCUGCUUUAAUUCUGUUGGUUUCUUUGCCUGAGUUGUAUGAGAAUUUCGUUGAGUCUUUUAUGACUGGGAAAGAAACUCUGUCUCUGGAAGAUGUUCGAUCUGCUCUCCACAUCAGAGAAGAUCGACAACAGGCAACUAGUUUAGCCACAGAAAGUCAAGCGUCGGGAUUAUCUGCAACGGGUCAGAAGAAGUUUGGAAAGAAUAAGUCAAACUCAAAGGAGGUUCGAAAGGUUUCCAACCCGAUGACAUCUGCAGAUACUGUAAAGAACCAGGGCACUGGAAGAGCAUUGUACCAUCUAUGUCCACACAAGGAGUAUUUCACCACUUACGAGCAGAUAAACAGAGGCAAUAUUACCAUAGCCAACAGUGUUGUCUGCAAGGUGAUUGGCAUUGGCUCUAUUAGGAUAAGGACGCAUGAUGGGGUGUUAUGCAACUUGAAUGAUGUCAUGCAUGUUUCACAGAUGAUGAAGAAUCCGAUAUCUCUUAGUACCUUUGACAGUAAGGGAUCUAGCUUCAAAGGCGAAGGCUCUGCUGAAACUACUCGAUCUGAUAUUCAUCAAGAAGUUCGUCAAAGAAGCAUUGCUAUUGACAAAACUAGGAGGGCAGGUGUGAAGCCUCCGUUGAAGUACGGAUUUGAGGACAUGAUGGCAUAUGCACUACAGGUUGCUGGUGAGGUGUAA